AUGUAUAAAACUGAAAGCAAGGAAUUGAGUGAUUCUUGCAAAAUCACCAUUCACUUUAACAGUGAUUUUAAAGCAAAAUUUGAACUGGUUCGAAUGUCGAACAUCGUUUUUAACAUAAUCAACAUAUGUGCUGGGGAAGAAGUAUUUUUUGAUGAACUUGGUGAUGCAUCAGCUUAUUUUGACAUACUAAAUUGGAGAAUGUAUCCAAAUGGUGCGAAUGCCUAUGUGAAGGUUGGCACAUUUGAUUCCAGAGCUCCAGAAGGGAAACGUAUUGCUGUCAAUGAAAGUCACAUUAUGUGGAGCAAAGGCUAUUCUCAGAUUCCAAAGUCUGUAUGUAGUGACAGGUGCCGCCCAGGUCAUCGAAAAGCAGUUCAACUAGGCCAGCCAAUCUGCUGCUUUGAUUGCCUUCUCUGUCCACCAGGUGAAGUUGCGAACCAAAGCGAUUCUAAUGACUGCAUGAGGUGCCCAGACGAUCAGUGCUCAGAUGCUAACGGAAUGAUGUGCAUCCCGAAGAUCAUAGAAUUCCUUUCUUUUGAUGAUCAUUUGGGUUCAUCGUUGGCUGCUGUGUCAUUAUUUCUCUGUUUGUUAAACAUUUCUAUACUCUGCAUAUUUAUUAAGAACAGAGAAACUCCAAUAGUGAAAGCCAACAACCGUGAACUUAGCUUUGUUCUCCUUUCAGCUCUUGCACUUUCCUUUCUUUGCGCACUGAUUUUUAUUGGACAGCCAGGAAAGGUGAACUGUUUACUCCGGCAAGUGGCAUUCGGAAUCAUUUUCUCAUUUUCAGUUUCAGCUGUACUGGGAAAAACAACAAUUGUUUUCAUUGCUUUUAGUGCUACAAAACCCAACAGUCCACUGCAGAAACUGGUUGGAUCAAAAGUUCCAUAUACCCUUGUCUGCUUCUGUUCUCUGAUUCAGAUUCUGAUGUGUCUUCUGUGGCUGUUAUUGUUUCCUCCUUUCCCAGAGCAUAACACAAAAUCUAAUAUUGAUAAAAUACUUAUUGAAUGUAAUGAGAACUCGGUAAUUAUGUUUUACUGCAUGCUGGGCUAUAUGGGAAUUUUGUCAAGUGUGAGCUUUGUAGUUGCUUUUCUAGUUCGAAAAUUGCCUAAUGGCUUUAAUGAAGCAAAGUACAUCACUUUUAGUAUGUUGGUUUUUGUUAGUGUAUGGUUGACUUUCAUCCCUGCCUAUUUAAGUACUCAAGGGAAAUAUAUGGUUGCAGUAGAGAUAUUUGCCAUAAUGUCUUCUUCUGCGGGGUUACUCUGCUGCAUAUUUGUACCAAAAUGCUACAUUAUAAUAUUUAAGCCCCAUAAAAAUACAAGAGAAUACAUAGCAGAUGCCCAGGAGUUUUCAGUGAACAGGGAGGCCCAUGGUGAAUGCUUAGAAAUACUCAGAGAAGCAAGAGAUUUUAAAGCAAUAUGUGUAAAUGGGCGUGCCUUCAUUGAAGGUUGGGAGUCGAGCUGGUACCCCGACGUUUCGUAA